AUGCAAGUGUACAAAGUCGACGAUGUCGGUGCCGACGACUUCGCAAAGGCAUACGAGUUCAACGGCACCUCCGCAGUCAAGCUCGGUCCCGACGACAUCUCCAGCACCGACAAAAGCGUCAACACCAAAGCCGCCAUCCAUCCCAACGACUUCGCCAAGUACGACCACGAAAUCCACGCCGGCGCCAGUACCACUGACUCCGCCAAGUUCGAGCCGGACCACUCCGGAACCAACGCUUCCAACAGUCCCGCUGACCACCUCGGCAAGUCCGAGUCCUACGCCUGGCUCCUCAACACCAGAGCUGCCAACCGUACCGCCGACCACGACCUCUAUGCCCUGGACCACCUCGUCAAGUACAGCAACCACAAGUUCAACUCCCCCAGCCAGUCCAACUACGACAGCGGUUCCGAAAACUUCGCCAAAUUCAGAACCUUCGAAAACAUCUACCAUACCGACUGGCCCGACGAUUUCGGCAAGUUCGGGCACAACGUCUGGAACCGGCGUGGUGACGGCAAGUUCCGAACCGCCGAAAACUCCUACUAUAACGACUGGCCCGACGAUUUCGCCAAGUUCAGGCACAACGUCUGGAAAUGGCGUGGUGACAGCAAGUUCAGAAACGCCGUCAGAACCAACCGCUUCUCCGUCCCCGACGAUUUCGCCAAGUUCAGGUACAACUUCUGGAAAAGGCGUGGUGACAGCGAGUUCAGAAACGCCGUCGAUACCUACUCUAUCAACCGCCCCGACGGUUUCGACAAGUUCAGUCACAACUUCUGGAAACGGCAUGGUGACAGCAAGUUCAGAACCGACGUCAAUUCCUACUCUAUCAACUGCCUCGACCGUGUCAACAAGUUCAGUCACAACGUA